AUGACGGGUGAACAGACAAUGAAAGGCAAGGUUGCUAUUGUAAGUGGCAGUGCCAAAGGGAUUGGGGCAGCUACUUGCCUCGAGUUGGCAGCGAGGGGGGCUCUCGUUAUCGUCAAUUAUCCCUGGCCGUCUCAGAAAGCUGACGCAGACAAAGUCCUGGAAGAUAUUAAAUUGAGUGGCGCCACGGCCGCUGAUCAAUGUCGAGCCAUUGAGGCGGACAUGUCGACGCUGGAUGGACCCCAGCGGCUCGUCGACGAAACAGUUUGCUUGGUCGGGCGACCAAUCGACAUCCUGGUGAAUAAUGCAGGGAUAGCAAUCAUGCGCCCGCUCGAAGAUGUUACCGUGGAUCAAUGGGACACACAAGUCGACCUCAACGUCAGAGGAAUGCUUCUGCUCACUCAAGCCGUGUUACCUCAUCUCGCACACAAUAGCCGGAUCGUCAACCUGAGCAGUGUUGGUGCGCGUCAGGGAUUUCGAGGGUCUACGGUCUACGGCGGGACGAAAGCCAUGAUUGAAUCGUUUACAAGAUGCUGGGCCUUGGAAUUGGGACCAAAGUAUCGAUGUACCGUCAACGCCGUCGAGCCUGGGCCCACAAACACGGCUGGCUUCACACAAUCUGGCCCAGACUUUCUGCAGAACAUCCAGCCUCUCCUCGAUGCGACACCCAUGGGACCACGCAUGGCCGAGCCGUCGGAGAUCGCCUAUGCGAUUGCUUUUCUCUGCGAGGAACGGAGCGGCUGGAUCACCGGGGCUUGUCUUCCGGUAAAUGGGGGAUUCUUGAUGCCGUAG